AUGAGACGAGCAGUCCAUACCACAAUCCAAAACCUAGCCAACAAUAUAAAUGCUGCCUUCGUCGCCUCCUCCUAUCCAGAUAUGUUUGACCGGGUCCAACACGAACUCGACCAGUUAAUGCCCUCCCUCGGAAUUGCGGUCGCAAAAUAUCCCGAAUUCAAAAAAGACGACCAAUAUUUUCCUGCACUAAAGAAAGAGUUUCAGCAAUGUCAAGAGGUCCUGAACGACCUGCAGGAGUUGCAAAAAUACUAUGAUGACCUCCCAUCCCACUCCAGAGUUGCAUGGGAACGCACUGGAAUAGGCGCAAGCAGUCUGACCGGGAUGCAAGCCCGAAUCACAUCUUCGAGGCAAACAUUCACGAUGCUGAAUACGCAGUUGAUUAGGUGA